UAAGGAUCAGGCUCAUAGAGAAACACAAGUUUGAGUUCAGUCAGGCUGUCAUUGAGACUGUUCAGUCAUUUACUGAUUGUGGAUCCUCAAGGGUAAUGAUGUUCUGCAGAACGGCUUGGCAAAGACUCGCGCCUCUGGCACGCAAAACACUCUUUCCUUUGACUAAUAAUGCUGUCCCAAUACGACAGAUGUCCUUCGGACUGCCUGCGUCAGGCACAAACAUUGCAUACAUGGUACUUGGUGGAGGCUCACUAACUGCUGCUCUUGUUUAUGCUUAUAAAACAAUAAACUCUGACAGUGCAAGAUAUAAUGACAGGAUUGCUCAAAUUGAGGCCAGAUCCAAAAGAGCAGUGGCUGCAUUCACAGCAGCAGCAGCUGUGGAAACUGCGGUGGCCGAACUCACCGUUACUGAAAUAGAACCCAUCUCUGGGGUGCUUGCUACUGAACCCACCAAUGCUGCUGCAGAUUCUCCUGCAGAGCUUGUGGCCGAUAUGACAGUAGAGGCUGAAGAAGCCGUGGCAACACCUGCUGUCGUUGAGGCAGUGACACCUGAUGCUGAGGAACCUGCCGAAGAUGUUGCUGCUGCAGCUCCACUUGCCGUGACGACGGCUAUCCCUGUGUCAGACCUACUAAGCACCGUGAGAAUGAUUGCUGGAUCUACAGCAGAGAUCGCUGCAGCUUCAAUUGGAGACCAGCAUCUGGUGGCUGCAGUGCGGUUAGCUGAGGUGAAACAUUCAGGAGACACCUUCAAUGGAGUGGAGCUUCCAGAUGUUAAAGUGUUGGUCCCAGAAGUAGAGGGAUCUAUAACUGUGAAAGAAGUGGAUGUGGAGACUGACAUGAGAAGGUCCGAUGGUGAAGUAGAAGAACUGGAAGAACUUCCUGCAGCACUAGAAGAAGAAGCACUAUGGUGGGACUGAGACAAACAACCCCGUCAAGACGGAAGUCGCAGAUGAACAUCCUGCUUUAUUCGAAGUUGCACCUGAGGAGCUUUCUGGAGAGAUGGAGAAUGAUUUGACAUUGGAAAAGGCUGUGAGCUCUUUUGUGACGCUGUCAGAUGAUGAUUCCAUUUUUGGAGUAGCAGAUGUGACUUCAGCAACAGUAGAGAAAGACAAAGCAUCAUGUCACGAGACAGCUGGUUUAGAAGAUUUCAUAGCACCACCCGCCCUUGAAAAAGAUCUGCAGGCCACAGCAGGGGCUGCAGAAGAUGAUGUUUCUGAAACAAUGGUGGAUGCUGUGGAGGAAGUUGAACCCACGCUACAGAGAAUGGUAAUAGGAUAUAAAUGCUGUUAAAAUGUGUCAAUACAAUAUACUAUGUGAAAUCUCUGUUCCAUUGUGUUUUUAAAAGCAGAAAUGUGCAGCCUUUUAACAUAAUUGUUAGGCAAGAAUUAGUUGCUGUUCACAAACGUUUAUUUUUUCACAGCUGCUGAAAGUAGAAAUGGUGUGAUGGAACAGGAAUGAACUGAAUAUAUCACAGAAUACGACUCAUAGACAACGAGACUGAAAUCAUUUCAACCAAAGGAUGAAUAGUUUUUUUUAGAUUGUCGAUGCUGUCACAUCCAGACCCGUUGUUCAUCAAGUUUACCACCAGAGGUCACUAUUAACACUGUGUCUUGAAGCGCACAUAGCGCAGUCCAUCGCAACGAGAGCAUUUGAAUAAUUGACAAAAAGUGACCGCAGUGCGCUGUAUCAAUUUUAAUUGAUUAAAACAACUUUCUAACUAACUAAAAGCAAGUAAACAUAAAUAAAUAAAUAAGAAAAUAAACAAAUAAAAGGUGAAAACAGUUUAAUAGUCUACUUUACAUAGUCUUGCCUGUUCUAUUGUAUGUUCUUUCAUAUUUUACAGCUUUCGUUGAUUUCUGUUUUCUUUUUUAAAUCAAAUUUGGAU